AUGGCAUCUCCCGGCAGUCUCAGCACAGUUGCCGCAGACCCGCUCGAACACAUUUCAGCCGCUCAGAGCGAUGUAGAUGAAAUGAAACAAGCCUUUCUCCACGGCCAGUUUCCUGUUGAUGCGGCCUGUUGCCUCAAGGGCUUGAACACGCCCAUUGUGAAGGACACGGCGAUUCUAUAUGGUCAGCAGCAGCUUUUGGGAGAGUUCACCGGCAUGACGGAGCUCUGGAAGCUGUCACCGGAGUUUGUUGUGAAGCCUCUCGCUUGGGGGAAACUGGCAGACUCUGUAAAAGACUGGUAUUUCCUGCUCAUGGAGUUCAAAGAGUUUAGUCCGGAAUCCACUGUGGAUGCGGACACGUUGGCAAGGCGAGUCGUUCAGCUGCAUCGACGAAGCCAAGCCCGAUCCGACACGGGCGGCCGGUUCGGCUUCCCCGUCCAGACAUUCGACGGAGCGCGCCUGCAAUCCGUCGGCUGGGACGGCAGCUGGGUCUCGUUCUUUUCCAAGCUGCUGGCCGAAGCCCACCGCCAAGACACCGAAGCCAACGGUGCAUGGCCUGCGCUGGAAAAGGCGUACCGCAAGGUCCAGUCCCACUUGAUUCCCCGUUUGCUUGGUGCGCUCCAGGAGAACGGCAACAAGAUCACGCCGACCUUGAUCCAUGGGGACUUGUGGGAGGGAAAUGUGAAGAUUGAAGCCGCGACGGGCGAGCCGUGGAUCUUUGACUGUGCCGCCUACUACGGCCACCAUGAGAUGGAGCUGGGAAUCUGGAGGGCAGCCAGACAUGCCUUCAGCAGCAACGGCUACAUUUCCAGAUACAUGACUGUGUUUUCUGAACAAGCCAGUCAUGGAUCGGAUAUAUACCCUGAUGACGAGGCCGAUGACCGAGUCUUGCUGUACAGCGCAAAGACAAACUUCAUGUACUCGGCAUGUUUUCCAAAGGCCCAAAGCCGUACUGAUAUCCUGAACGAUUUCCAUUACUUGCUCAACAAGUACGGAAUUGGGAUGGAAGACCGAGAGUACGUCCCUGUCUCGGUCCAGAGCCAGAGGACAGAGACAGAACACAGCGCGACACUUGAGAAUACUCAUGCGUCAGCCGCUGUUGCCGCGGGAUAUUAA